AUGCUGGUUUUACUUCCCCCCGCAGGUGGCUCUGCUGAUGAAGUUCAUGCCGUAAUCCAAAACGUUCUCAAGACCUAUGUCGUCCAUUCUGCGGAUGCUGCCAUUCAGCAAGCCAAAGGUGCUGGUGAUAGACGGAAGAGGAAACAAAAAGUUUUUCUUCACCCUAUGUUGAAAAUUUUGGACGUUGCCAAAUACCUUUUGGAUUCAGAAAAGUAUUCCGAGAAGAUCCUGAACCAUCCAAUCUCGCAAGUAUGCAAGUGGACCCAUGACCUAGCUGAGUUUUGGAAGAAGUGGGAAUGUGUGGACCCUACCCACACAGUGUUCAAGGACCAUGGAAAUGAACUUGAUCAUUGCAUUCCUUGUAUGCUACAUGGUGAUGAAGGGACUGGCCACCGUCGCAAGCCUGUUCUUCAACUUUCUUGGGGGUCAUUGCUGCGGGUUGGAAAGAACGCGUUGGAGAGAAUGUUUCUGAUUACAUCAUGUGCGCAUAAGAUGUAUUCAAAGUUCAACAAGGGCUCCGAAGCAGGCAAUGUUGUUAUUGACAAACUGUUGAUGGAGUGUGCUAAGUCUGCUUUGAUGGCUUACACCAAAGGGAUUGAAACCCGUUCUGGUCGGAAGUUUUUCUUGGUGUUCCUUGGGUUGGCUGGGGAUCAUCCUUUCCAAACCAAAGCAUACAGAGCAACGCGUGGGCAUUUGAAAGUUGAUGUUUGCCCCCAUUGUCAUGCAAACACCUACAGUGUGCCGUUUGAAGACAUGUCGAAGGAAGCUUUGUGGCGACAAACUGUUUUCCAAUCAGUGCCAUGGGAACGGAACAUUGCCCCACCUCUUGCCUUGGUACCUGGGGCAAUGCACCCUAAGUUCAUACGGUGGGACUUGAUGCAUAUGUUGCCACAUGGUUGUGCUAGAAAUUUUGCAGCUUCGAUCAUCUGCAUGAUGGCAGGGCCUCUGGAUAUUUUUGUUCCUAACAUUGGGGAUGGUCGAAUGCGCAACAGCAAGGAAAAUAGGCUUGAUGAAGCUUAUUCCCAUUUUCAAAGUUGGCUGGAUUGCAAACAACAACAUGUUCGAGAUAUGAAGGAGUUUACAGUAGACAACCUGGGCUGGAAACUGAACAGAGACUAUCCGGAAAUGACUUGCAAAGCCUCGGAUUGCAAUCUUAUCAUUCAAUGGUUGAUUGAUUUUCUCACCACUGUGCCUUUUAAGCUUUGCUGGGUGCUUGAGACUACUUUGGCUGGACUACAGGGUGUGGAUGAGUUCAUGCGUUUGGCCUACACCGGUGAUCGAAUUUUUUGGUGCCCUGAAAAGCAACAUCAGGGUAAAUGCUACUUGGGAAUGUUCCUUCACGCGUAUGUGGAGUUGCAGCACUACUGGCACAAACAUGGCUGGACUUUGUUCAAGAUUGUUCCAAAGUCACAUUUCGCGGCACAUUGGCAUGAAGAACUGGCAGAGGCAUUGGCAGAUCAAAAGGAGUGGGCCAUCAGCCCUGGUGCCUUUGCAACUCCUAUUCUUGAAGAUUUCAUUGGCACUGUUAGUCGCAUAUCGCGUACUUCGCAUCCUAGCAGUGUUGCCCGCACAACCAUCUACAAGUACUUGGUGGAAGUUCGAAAG